AUGCAAGGCUCUACGGCAGGUGGCACUGAAAUUCAUGUCGCAGGUGCUGGCUUCGCCUAUGUCACGCAGGUCCUUGUCGGUGGAAAGCCUUGCCACAUCCUCGAGCAGAUGACUAAGGAUGGGGAGCUUACAGCUUUUACUCCGGCGUUGGAUUCAGGCUGGCAUGAGGUCGAGGUGGUCUUCACAUCAGGUCAUCGGGCUCAGCUUCGAGAUGGAAAGUUCAGGACCAAUCAUAGGUUCACUCCAGUGGUCUCAUCCAUCUCGAGAGCUGCAGCUAUUAUCAGCAAUGUCACCUGGCAUGGAGACUUGAAGAAGAUGCUGGAGUUGAAUAUGCGCGACAUCUUUGAAGAUACAGGUGAGAAACGCAAUGCCACCGAGAUUAUGCACGCCUACUUGGGCACAGGAGAGGAAAUCCUGGCAGACAAAGCUGGGCGCGAUGAGUACCGCUGCGACAUCCUGGAGACGAAGACGGUGAACGAUGGGGUGUGUGAAGUGUCCGCUGGAACCCCGGCAGGCUACUACAACUUCACGUACGUCUUGGAAAACGGGGUCAGCAUGAAUGGCUAUGGCAAAUCCGCCUGGGAGGUGCAGGGACUGCCCUCUGUCACGCUGGAGGGGCGGGAAUAUGCCAUUGAGGCGCGGUGA